AUGGCUGAGCAACAGGAGGCAGAAAGAUUAGCCGCUGUAGCCGGGGCUCACGUGAACGCAGUUAGAGCAAUAGAUGAACGAACUUUCCACAACACUGAACCAAAGAAAAAGUGGAGUGGUAAGAUCUUACCUGGCCCUUCUGUGGGCAACUUUGUAGAUAAUGAGGUGAUUGUUAAUGAAUCUGAAGAAAGUAAUCCAGUGGAGUUUGAGAAGUUGGAUAGUUUUGUUGACUCUUCGGAGAAGAAAAAGGAGAAGAAAGACGAAGUGAAGAAGGCUGAUGAUGCAAAAUUCAGCAAGUUCUUGCCAAUGCUCAAGCAAUUUACAAUUAAUGUGCCUUUCGUUGAGGCACUUGAUCAAAUUCUAGGCUACGCAAAGUUUAUGAAAGACCUUACAAAGGAAGACCCAAGAGCAUUUACCAUCCCGUGUACUAUUGGCCCUCUGAAGUUCACAAAAGCACUAUGCGAUCUGGGAGCCAGUAUAAAUUUAAUGCCACUGGCUGUGUACAAGAAAUUGGUUUUGGGGGAUCCUAACCCAACAAAUAUAUGGUUGGUAAUGGAAGAUAGGUCUGUGAAGUGGCUUGUGGGUAUGCUGCAUGAUGUUUUGGUAAAGGUAGCUAAUUUUGUUCUGCUUGCUGAUUUUGUGGUCUUAGAUUAUGAUGUGGAUUUUGAAGUGUCUAUCAUCUUGGGCAGGCCAUUGCUCAUAACUGGGAGAGUACUGGCAAAUAUGGAGUUGAACGAGCUAAGGUUUAGGUUCAACGACAAAGAAGCAUGCUUCAAAAUACACCCAUCCAUGAUCCAUCCAAGAGAGAUGAGUGUGUUCUUAAUCGUUGACGUUUUCUACGAUGAUGGUAAAGGGGUAUUAACUGGUUGUCUUGGAAAAGCUUGA